AUGCGCAAUGACGCUGGAAACCCAGUGAACCAUAAUCGUGGGGAUUUAAGAGAAUCUCGGAUUUUCAAGGGUCCAGAGUGUUACACGAACCACUUUGCCAUGCGAGGACUCGAUGAGAGCAGUGUCGUUCUUAGACGCGUGAGCCAGACGGCCGGCGACCAGGUGAAGCAUGGAUGGGACGCGUUUGUUAAUUUUGCAGCGAGAGAUAACGUUCUUGAAGUCGCGCUUGGUUUGAUGAAGCGCUCUAGUAUCGCAAAUGCGUUUACGAAAGUCGUUACUUCGUUCGUGUCGGAUGUCGCUUUGCCGGUUGUCUCCCUGUUGCCAUUCUUGAAUCGCAAUAUGGAUCAGAAGUUUGCUGUUUUGUCGAGUGGACCGAACUAUGUCAGGGAGGACGGGUACAACACUAUUAAGCAGGCUAGAGACGAUGGCGCGUUGGUUCUGGCUUACGGAUUGUUCAUUGAGAAUAUUCUUAACUUCCUCGGUGUCAGCCUCACUUUGUUUGCGGUCGCGCAUGCGUACAUGUUUAUUUCUCAUAAUAAGAUCAUCAAGCCGACUGUCAGGUGCAGAUACUGCAGGAAGUUCAUCAGCGAACAGGCGAGACGCUGUUGCAGUUGCUCGAGUUGGCAGGAUGGAAGAGAAGAUCUGCCCGGCGAAGAGGAUGAUGAGGGGAUAGAAGAAGAUAUUUGA